AUGUUCAGGGUUGUCGUCUCCCGCUUGUUGGGUGCCAUCCAGAACCGGGCCGGCCAAGGGCUGCUGCCGUCAUCGUCGAACUUCUCCAACGACGCGACCUGCGACAUUAAGCCGUGCGACCUGUACCGGCUGGAGGAGGGCCCUCCGGUGUCCACGGUGCUGAGCCGCGAGGACGCGUUGCGCUACUACCGCGCCAUGCAGGUGGUGCGGCGCCUGGAGCUCAAGGCCGACCAGCUGUACAAACAGAAGUACAUCCGGGGCUUCUGCCACCUGUGCGACGGCCAGGAGGCCUGCUACGUGGGGCUGGAGGCCGGCAUCCUGCCCACGGACCACGUCAUCACGUCGUACCGCGCCCACGGCCUGUGUUACACGCGCGGGCUCUCGGUCAAGUCCAUCCUGGCCGAGCUGACCGGACGCCGCGGAGGCUGUGCCAAAGGCAAGGGCGGCUCCAUGCACAUGUACGCCCAGCGCUUCUACGGCGGCAACGGCAUCGUGGGCGCGCAGGUGCCCCUGGGAGCGGGCGUCGCGCUGGCCUGCAAGCUCUUGGGCACCUCUGAGGUGUGCUUGGCGCUGUACGGCGAUGGCGCAGCCAACCAGGGCCAGGUGGCCGAAACUUACAACAUGGCGGCCCUGUGGAAGUUACCUUGUGUUUUCAUCUGUGAGAACAACCUCUACGGGAUGGGGACGUCUGUGGAGAGGGCAUCAGCCAGCACGGAGUACUAUAAGAGAGGCAGUUUCAUCCCCGGGCUGAGGGUGAACGGCAUGGAUAUCCUGUGUGUGCGCGAGGCCACCAAGUUUGCAGCGGAUUAUUGCAGAUCUGGAAAGGGGCCCUUGGUGAUGGAACUGCAGACCUACCGCUAUCACGGGCACAGCAUGAGCGACCCGGGGGUCACCUACCGCACCCGGGAGGAAGUGCACGACAUGAGGAGUAAGAGCGAUCCUAUCAUGCUUCUGCAAGAGAAGAUGAUCAGCAACAACCUCAGCGCCGUGGAAGAAUUGAAGGCAAUCGAGGCAGACGUGAGGAAAGAAGUCGAGGAAGCGUCCCAGUUUGCCAUCACUGAUCCAGAACCCCCGUUGGAAGAAUUAGCUCAUCACAUCUACACUCAGGACCCACCUUUCGAAGUGCGUGGUGCAAAUCAGUGGAUCAAGUUUAAGUCCAUCAGUUAA